AUGCAGCUAAUCGACUGGAAAAACAUAGAAGUAGCCAAUCUUCCAGGAGUUGUCAGCCUUGCAGCUGGUUUACUGAUGUGGGUAACUUCACUUCCUGGAUUAAGGAGAAAAAACUUUGAAUUGUUCUUCUAUACACACCAAUUGUAUGUGGUGUUUGUGGUGUUCCUAGCCUUGCAUGUUGGUGAUUUCAUCUUCAUGACAGCUGGUGCUGGGAUCUUCCUGUUCAUGCUUGACCGGUUCCUUAGAUUCUUCCAGUCACGAAAGACUGUUGACAUACUUUCAGCCACAUGCUUUCCUUGUGGAACCGUUGAGCUCGUUAUUUCAAAACCUGCAAAUUUACAUUACAAUGCCCUUGGCUGGAUAUUCUUACAAAUACGCGAGUUGUCCUGGCUGCAAUGGCACCCUUUCAGUGUCUCCUCUAGUCCCCUUGACGGGAAACAUCAUGUUGCGAUUCUCAUAAAGGUUCUUGGAGAUUGGACUGAGAAAUUGAAGGGAAACAUCUUGAAUCUUUCUGUAGAACAAUCUGAGAACGAGCCCCUUUUGCAGCAUAAAAGAAAAAUAAUAGCUUCUGUUGAAGGUCCUUAUGGCCAUGAAUCACCAUACCACUUAAUGUAUGAAAAUCUCAUUUUGGUAGCAGGUGGAAUUGGAAUUUCCCCCUUCCUAGCUAUCUUGAGUGAUAUCCUCCACCGUAUCAAUGAUAGCAAACCUUGCCUGUCAAGAAAUAUACUAAUAGUAUGGGCAAUUAAAAAUUCGGAUGAGCUUCCACUUCUGGAUACAGUUGACAUGGAGGCAAUCUGUCCACUUUUCUCUGAUAAACUGAAUCUCGAGAUUCAAACAUUUGUGACUCGGGAAUCACAGCCUUCAUUGGAGGAGGGUAAAACACCUAAAGCAAUGCACACCACAAUCUCCCCUGGCUUCAAGGGAUGUCGAAUGUCUAGUUUAGUUGGUACUGGAAAUGUUGUAUGGUCUGGAUUAUAUCUCAUGGUAUCCACAAUAGGGUUGGUGAUCACUGUAGCAUUGCUGGACAUUUUCUACAUAAUUCCAUUCAAUGUAAAUUACUGGUGGUACAAGGGGCUUUUAUUGAUUGGAUGUAUGGCUGCAAGCAUUCUUAUAUUUGGGGGUCUCGUGAUCGUUUUAUGGCAUCUUUGGGAAAGGAAAACCUCACCGAAGGAGGAACCAGGGGAGGACACCUCAAACAAAGCUGAUAUCCUGCAGCAGAAUGAGCAGAAGAAUUUUGGAGAGGCUCGAUUUGUCAAUAAUAUUCAAUAUGGUCAAAGACCGGAUUUCCAAGAGAUAUUUGGAUCGCACGCAAAGAGUUGGGGAAGUGUAGAUAUAGGUGUGAUUGUAUGUGGUCCUCCUACUCUUCAGUCCAGUGUUGCUAAAGAGUGCAGAAGGCAGAACUUGCAGAGGAGAGACCAUCAGGCUAUCUUCCAUUUCAACAGCCAUAGUUUUGACCUCUAGAUCACCCCAAUAUGAAUAGACGGAGCUAAGGUUCGUCGAAAAAUUACACCUUAUAAAGGAAGUUAAAUUUUUUUUUUUUAUGUAUAUAUAGAGGAUGUUAGAUCCCCUUGGUUUCUUCGUAUGUGUAUUUCUUUAUAUUUUGAAUUCUCUUAGUGAAAAUUUUGGCUCCGCCAAUGCCAGCAAGCAUCUGAUAGCUCGUAUAAGGAGUACUUUUUACUGCUUUAAUGGGAUCAUAUCAGCUAGUGUAUCGCUGAUCCUUGUACAUGUAUUUGUACUUUAUGUUAUCUGUAGUAAGUAUCAUGUACAUUUUCAAUCGUUGUAAAUGCAGCUUUAACAU